CACCCACACCCACACCCACACCCACACCCACACCCACACACCCACACUCACACCCACACCCACACCCACACCCCACACCCACACCCACACCCUCGUGUAUACGAUUUCUCGCUUUGGGAAGAUUGCCUACGGCCUUUUAAUAAUAUCUUAUUAGACAGCAAGAUUUUUCAAGACUCUGAUCUUACUACUUAAUAUAAAGCUUCAGAGACGAUGAAUUUUUUGCAAGAUUUUCGUCUGAUUUUAUCAAAUCAUCAAAGAUCUGAAGUAUGAUUACAUAGGUUCAUAUGGUCCGACUGGCUGACUUGAUUACGUUUUGCGUCUUUCAAACAAGAUGCAUGUAUAGGAGCACCAGCCCCAUUGCCGGAGCUGUUCUAUAUAUCCAGUAGUUGCCAUUGACAACGUCAAUAGCCUUUCAAUGUAUCUACCUUUCUUACGAGUAUGAUACAAGGGUCUAACUUCUAGCAUGUUUAGCAUGCUAGUUGGUGCAAGUCAGUAGCCCGAUCAUGUAGGAAUUGCCAGCGUUAUUAAGAGCCAUGUGGGCGUAAGAGACUUCUGCUUCUCCUUAGCGGAUGCUGUGGCGAUCGGAUCACCUAGGCCCACCUUUCCGUCCUAUCUCUCACGGUACCCACCUACUGAGCUCGCUGUCCCCUGUCAAGCAGGAGCGCCGUCAUCCGGUUCUUUUAUUCGCCGCCUAAGGCUGACUUGCUUGAGCUGAUGGAUGAGAAAGUGCCGCUUGAAUGCUAGUCGACAGAUGGAGUCUACUAUUUCAAUUGAUCAGCAAGGGUGUGUCCGAAGCAAUCAGGCAAGUGAGGCUGAUUGACCAAUCGAAAUGCCGCCGACUGGUCUGCAGAUUAGCCACCCCGAAACUUUUGGUCGAAGUUUCAGCACGUUGCUCGGGAUUACCACGAGGAGGUUUCUGUGCGACCCCGAUGCAUGUUAGAUCUGACAUAAGACCAUGUUGCUACUAGUAUGAAUGCCGCUCUCGUGAAUUCCAUAUGAUUCUUCUGCGAAGUCCUUCCAUGAAAACUGUGAAGUAACAUUGAUCUAACGUGUAAAACUCCUCUAGUAAUCAAUGCACUUAGCUGUCAUAAUGGCUAGGAUGGCUUACAUUGAAGAAAUUCAUAGGAACACUAAUUAUUGCUUUAGCUUUUCUGAUGUUCUUUAGCAGCCUAUCAUUUGAAACAACAGCAAAAAGAACUAGCUUGCCCCCUAAUUUUCUUUUAUUACAGCGAUUCCUAAUAUUUCUCCUGAUGCCCGAUGGGUAGAGCAAGGUGUGACUGUUGCUGGAGGCUAUAACAGUGGUAGUGCGGAUAAUCAAGUCUAUUGGCCUGGUAGUGUCAGCAUUGACGAUGAUCAAACAGUCGUCGUUACUGACUAUGGAAAUCAUCGUAUUAUGCAAUGGAAGAAGGAUGGUUCGCAUGGAGACAAAGUCGCUGGUGGAAAUGGCAAAGGAACGCGAUCGGAUCAAUUACAUGGUCCAACUGAUAUAUUGAUUGACAAAGAGACGGAUAGUCUCAUUAUUAGUGAUCGAGAGAAUCGACGAGUUGUACGAUGGUUUCGACGCAGGGACACAACACAAGGUGAAACCUUGUUAGACAACAUUCGUUGUCAUGGAUUAGCCUUAGCGGAUCAGAGAUUUCUGUACGUGGCUGACAUUGAGAACCAAGCAGUUAAACGAUACGAUAUCAAAAGAGGAGACAAGGAAGGAACUAUCGUCGCUGGUGGUAAUGGAAAGGGUAAUAGUUUCAAACAAUUUGAUUGGCCAACUCAUCUCUUCGUCGAUUGCCAACAAACUGUUUACGUGUCAGACUACAAUAAUCAUCGUGUAAUGAAAUGGCACAAAGAUGCAACUGAAGGGAUUGUUGUCGCUGGAGGAAUAGGAUGCGGAAAUUCUCUGACACAAUUAUGUUAUCCUCGAGGAUUAUUUGUUGAUACGUUGGGUACUAUUUAUGUGGUAGAACGAGGUAAUCAUCGAGUAACACGUUGGCCUCAAGGAGAAAAAAAAGAAGGCUCAGUUAUUGUGGGUGGAAAUGGUCAAGGAGACAAAGCAAAUCAGCUCAGUGGCCCGGUUGGAUUGUCCUUUGAUAAACAUGGUCAUCUGUAUGUUGUCGAUACGUUAAAUCAUAGAGUUCAACGAUUUUCUCUCCAAUAAAUUCAUUCAAACCAUUGGGUUUUUCAGAUGUAGGAGGGGUUGAGAGUGAGUCACGAAGUACACGGUGUAGGUGUAAAUGUGAUUCAUCGAAUAAAUUCAAAGCACCAUAUGACGAUCGUUUCGACUAUUGCUUAGGUAGUCAUCAUCAGGCAAGUUCUGAAUCGGACUGUCCGAAAGAAUCCGAACCCACAUUUAUAGAUGUGUGGAAGGUGUUAAUAUAUUGGAUGAGGGUGAUGAGAAACAAAAUAGUGAACGAAGAGUUUUAUCGGUAUACAACAGCAUCUCAGGAUUCUGCAUAACUUUUUGCUGUGGGAAGAGUGGCAUGAUUUCAGAUUGGUUAGCUAAUGAAUUUUAUAUCAAAUGAAAGCUUGUCAAAAACGGGAGUGGGUGUGGGUGUGGGUAUGGGUGUGGGUAUGGGUGUGGGUGUGGGUGUGGGUGUGGGUGUGAGUGUGAGUGUGGGUGUGGGUGUGGGCGUGGGUGUGGGUGUGAUUGUGGGUGCCGGUGUGUGGGUGUGGGUGUAGGUUUUCGUGUGGGUCAUAAUGACACUCACACCCCCACUCCCACACACCCACACCCACACCCACACCGACACCCACACCCACACCCACACACCCACACACGCACACCUACACCCACACCCAACUU